ACCACCUACCAACAUACCCACCCUCUCAUUAAAGCGUGAAGUGCUUAACACAAACAUAUUUACACAUCUAAAAUAUUCUGUGUAUGGACCACCUGUGGACAUGAUGCAGCUCAUCUGGUGGAUAUUUCUUUCCUAUCUGUUUAGCCAGGUGCAUUCAGUGCCUCACCUAUCAAAGCAAAAUAUUGCGCUCUUGGCUACAGAUGAGAACCCCAAAUGUUUCACCAGGAAUCUAGAAAGCUUCACUUGUUUUUGGGAAGCACCUAUGGGAAAGUCAUAUUAUUUUAUCUACAGACUUCAUGAAACAGAGGAAGAGAAGAGGUGUAAUGUGACACAACAGACUUAUGAGGAGAAGAUGUUCUUACAUAUUUGCACAUUCCCACCAAGUGAUGUUUAUCUGUUUGACUACACAGAGGUCAGCGUGGUAGACAUGCACACCAACAUAAUCGUCUACAGCCGCAAUGUCAGUGUGGAAGAUCAGCAUCUACUGUAUCCUCCAUCAAAUAUAUCCCUUCAUCCGACUGGCGAGGUGGGCCAAAUGUUAGUUCAAUGGAAAGACCCAAUAAACAUUUGGAUUAAUAAGCAAAAAACACAGUAUGAAAUUCGUUACAACUCCAAACACAAACAAAGCACAGUUAAACAGGUGACAGGAUCUUCCCAUAAGCUCACCUCUCUAGCUGCAGGAGAGAACUGCACACUGCAGAUGAGAGCCAGACCUGAUAGCAGGCUUUGGGGUGAUUGGUCAAGUCCUGUAACAGCUGUGGUCCCACAAUCUGCAAAUGACAUAAAAUUAGGGUGCCACACUCCUGAUCUGUAUCGAGUAUUAUGCAAAUGGAGUGAAGAAUUAUAUGAUGGUGGCAGAUACAACCUCCAUUACAGGCAAACAAACAGAAGUUCAUGGAGCAGUUGGAAGCUGUGUUCCAAAGCCAACGACACUGUGAAUCAGUGUGUCUUGUAUGGGGAGGAGUCCACUGUCUAUCAGGUUUAUCUCAGCACUGGCCUGGAACGAUUCAGUCGAACUUUUUACAUGAAGACUUUCAGUAUGACCAGUAACAUCAAAACAGAGCCUCCAAGAGGGCUUCAGGAACAGACAGUGGACGGUAGGCUUUGUUUAAGCUGGGCUCCACCUCUUUUGAUUAUCUCUCAGUACCUAAAAUACCAAAUCCGCUAUCAGCUCCAUGGAGAGAAUGAGUGGAAGCUUUUCAUUGUACCCAGUUCCAAGACCAGCACUUGUCUGGAUGUGCAACUAGGGGGGCAAUACAGCAUUCAGGUCAACGCACAACCAGAUGGAUCAAUCUACAGUGGAUGCUGGAGUGAUUGGUCGAAACAACUCACUGCCCAUUUACGUCGAGGCAAAGAGUGGAUCUUCUUUGUCUGCAUACCAGUAGCUUUACUGAUUAUUGCUUUUGCAUUCAUCUUAUUCUUCCCCAAAUACUUCAGUAAGGUGAAGCAGUCUCUGUGGCCAUCAGUCCCAAACCUAAACAAGGUGCUGGAGAGUUUUCUGGCAGAUAUCAGUGGAUCACACUGGGAGCCAACCUUCAACGUCAAGCAAUGCGACAAUGCUGCUACCAUGUCAGUGUUAGAGAUCCUGUCUGAGCGGAAAGCUGCAGUUACAGAAAAACCCUGGAAUGACUGUGUGUACAAGGAUGUUUCUUUAUCUCACUUGGCCACUGAAAAUCUACACUCUUGCCCUAGUGCCUGCUCUACCAGCUUUCCAGAGUGCACGACUAAUAUCCUCAACCAUUCCUAUCUCCUUCUGGCAGAACAAUCGGAGCUUCAAGAGUAUAAUUUGGCCUGUCACUAUACAAAAAUACAACGAUAGUAAUAAAGCAAGUGGAGAAUUCUUAAAAUUUGUGAUAAAGCUUAAUCUCAUUUGUUUUAAUACAAAAUAGGAGUUCUGGGUUAGCCCCACCUCAUAAAUAAAAAAACUCAGAAAAGGAAUAGAGGCCUGUGAGGUUGAGCUUGUUUGAGUUUGUAUCAUUUGUAUCUUAAGAAACAGACAAGGUACAACAUAUGGAUCCAUCACAGCUCUCAUUAUGCAUCAACCCAGAUCUGAAAUCAGGUGUUACGUGGAUAUUGUAAAGACAUUUGUUCAAUGCAUGGAACUUCAGUAAAAGCCAUCAAAUUUACUUAAGUAUUUAAGGAAAAAUAAAAACCAGACAUCCCAGUUGUCAGAUCAUGUUCCUUACAAUGACUUGUAGAACAGAAUAAAGCCAUAUGCACUUCCAUAUUGCUAUAAUGGGGACCUUGUAAAUAGGAUUACUGCUCUUAAAAGAAUAUUCCAGGUUAAAUACAAUUUGUACAUUGCAGUAAAAUGUUACCAGCUUUCUAUGAUUCUACUUAAGCAAUUAUGCUUGUAUAUUUGUAAUAUUUGUUUUUUGUAACAGUACUUAAUAUUGUCAUUAAUAUGACAAAAGAACAAGUCUCAUAACUGGAGGCAGCCAAUAGCUUUAUUGUAUCAAGACAACACAAAACUGAAAAGUAAAAUUUGACCACAUUAAAGAAUGUUAUGGUACAUUGUAUGAAAACUGUAAAUUUAACAAUGACAAUCAUUAAAUAAUAAACAAAAACUGUAUGCGUCUUGCUCUC